UGGAGGGAGGAGAGGAGAUCAGUACAGGUGUUGAUGUGGUUUCCGCAUGGCUUUAUUCAUCCUUGCUGUGAUGACUGUAGGUUACUGGACAUGGAUAGCUGCUGUCAGAACACCUACGCAAUCUCACCAUAGUUUCCCAUUUUAUUCGUUAACCUUGCUUUUCGGGAAUACGGACUGUAUAAUUUAAUUUACGGUGGAAAUAAUUAUCAACAACCAAACGGUACUAUGGUGCAUCACUCGGGAUCCACACAGUCCUUCAAGCAGCAAAACGGCAUGCACACAAGCAUCAGUGAGAUCUUGAAGGAGAAGCCGCUGAAUCCAUCCCGUCGCAGUCUGCCCUGCCUGACUCAGAACCAGAUACACCCACAGAGCCUCAGCCACGUUCUGUCCAUGCCCUGCACCCCCGACGACAAGCCGCAGACACCGCCGGAUCUCCAGGACCAGACACGUGCCCAGCUCCAGACCCAGCAGGUCGACCCCUGGUUACAGGCCCAGGGAAAGGACCACCGUCAGCUCCAAGCCCAGACCCAGCCUCUGACCCACAGUCACAGCACCUCCUGCACCCUCAUCCCCUCAAAGACAGAAGCUGUGAAGGACCACUAUGGGGAGGAGUCAGAUGCUGCGAUGGACCACUAUGGGGAGGAGUCAGAAGCUGUGAAAACCAACUAUGGGGAGGAGUCAGAAGCUGUGAAGGACCACUAUGGGGAGGAGUCAGAAGCUAGUGCGUACAAGGCAGGAAGGACAGACGAGUCGUUUCUCAUUCAGAAACCUGCCAUCCGAGCCAAAUUAGAGGCACGAGCAGAUUCGCUUCAGGGGACCAACCCCGGGCAGCCGUCCGGUCUGAUGUUCAGAGAUGGAAAGAAGCGUAUCGACUACAUCCUGGUCUAUAGGAAGUCCAGUCCUCUGGUGGAAAAGAGAGUCACCUUUGAGAGGAACCUGAGAGCUGAGGGGCUGAUGCUGGAGAAAGUGCCAUCUCUGACCAACACCGACAUCAUGUUUGUGAAGAUCCAUGUUCCCUGGGACACGCUCUGUAAAUACGCUGAGCAGAUGAAUAUCAGGAUGCCAUUCAGGAAAAAAAUGUACUUUACGGAUUGGAAGAGCAAAGUUAUGGGCAGCCGGUUUCAUCUGAGGUGUCGUCAGAUAAAGAGUUGGUUACCCAGCAACCCCAUGAAGCUGGACAAAGAGGCCCUACCUGACCUAGAGGAGACAGACUGCUAUACAGCCCCCUUCAGCAGGGCACGCAUGCACCAUUUCACCAUCAACAACAGACAGACGUUCUUCUCCAACUCUACCAGAAGCAGAAUAGUCCACCAUGUUCUCCAACGCACCAAGUAUGAGGACGGGAAGUCUAAGAUGGGUAUCAACAGGUUAUUGGGAAAUGGAACAUAUGAGGCGGCAUUUCCUCCACACGAGGGUGGCUAUAGGAGCCGACACCCUAUUAAUACCCACGGUGCCCAGAACCACAGACACCUGCUGUACGAGAGGUGGGCUCGCUGGGGCAUGUGGUACAAGUACCAACCCCUCGACCUUAUCAGGCGUUACUUUGGGGAGAAGAUUGGGCUGUACUUUGCCUGGUUGGGCUGGUACACUGGCAUGCUGAUCCCUGCAGCUCUGGUGGGUCUCUUCGUCUUCCUCUACGGACUCUUUACUAUGGACACUAGUCAAGUCAGUAAAGAGAUCUGUGAGGCCAACACAACAAUCAUGUGUCCCAUGUGUGAGCAGAACUGCAAACCCUGGAAACUCAGUGACAGCUGUGUCUAUGCUAAGGUGACCCAUCUCUUUGACAAUGGAGGAACUGUGUUCUUUGCUAUCUUCAUGGCUAUAUGGGCCACGGUGUUCCUGGAGUUCUGGAAGAGGAGGAGGGCGGAGCUGACGUAUGACUGGGACCUCAUCGACUGGGAGGAGGAAGAGGAGAAUCUGCGGCCCCAGUUCGAAGCCAAGUACUCCAGGUUAGAGAGAGUAAACCAUAUCUCUGGCAAGCCGGAGCCCUUCCAGCCCUUCACUGACAAACUCAGCAGACUCAUAAUCUCUGUGUCUGGCAUCUUCUUCAUGAUUUCUCUGGUCCUGACAGCGGUGUUUGCGGUGGUGGUGUUCCGACUGAUUGCCAUGGAGAAGUUUGCAUCGAUCGACUGGGAGUUUGUCAAGAAGAACUGGCAGUUUGCCACCUCUGGAACGGGAGUCUGUAUCAACUUCAUGAUCAUCAUGUCUCUGAAUGUGGUAUAUGAGAAGGUGGCUUACCUUCUCACCAAUUUAGAACACCCACGGACUGAGUCAGAAUGGGAGAACAGUUUUGCUCUCAAGAUGUUUCUCUUCCAGUUUGUAAACUUGAACAGCUCUACGUUCUACAUCGCUUUCUUCCUUGGAAGGUUCGCCGGCAGACCAGGGAAAUAUAACCAACUGUUCAAUAGAUGGAGACUGGAGGAGUGCCACCCCAGUGGCUGUCUGAUCGAUCUGUGUCUACAAAUGGGAGUCAUCAUGGUACUGAAACAGAUCUGGAACAACUUCAUGGAGCUGGGUUAUCCUCUGCUUCAGAACUGGUGGUCUCGCAGGAAAAUGAAGCGGACAGAGAGUAAGGAGAGGACAGGAGGGGGACAGAAUAUGGAGAAUAAAGUACAGCUUCCUCAGUGGGACAAAGACUGGAACCUGCAGCCCAUGAACGCCCACGGACUGGUGGAUGAGUACCUGGAGAUGGUUCUCCAGUUUGGUUUCAUCACCAUCUUUGUAGCUGCGUUCCCAUUGGCUCCUCUCCUGGCUCUGCUCAACAACAUCAUUGAGAUCCGUCUGGAUGCCUACAAGUUUGUCACUCAGUGGAGGAGGCCCAUGCCUGCCAGAGCCACAGACAUAGGUAUCUGGCACGGUAUCCUGGAGGGGAUCGGCGUUCUGGCUGUCAUCACCAACGCCUUCGUCAUCGCCAUCACCUCCGACUACAUCCCUCGCUUCGUCUACGCGUUCAGAUACGGACCCUGUGUGGACAAGAGAUACCCUCAGGACGAAUGUCUGCGAGGCUACAUGAACAGCAGUCUGUCUGUGUUCGACAUGGGCGAACGCUGGAACGUGAGUGAGGAGCAGAGUAGAUACUGCAGGUACAGAGACUACAGAGCCUCUCCCAGGAGCCCAGUACCAUACGACUUCACUCUGCAGUUCUGGCACGUCCUGGCUGCAAGACUAGCCUUCAUCAUCGUCUUCGAGCACCUGGUGUUCGGCGUCAAGUCGUUCAUCGCGUACCUGAUCCCGGACAUGCCCAAGAGUCUGUGUGACCGCAUGCGGAGGGAGAAGUACCUGACGCAGGAGAUGAUGUAUGAAGCAGAGCUGGAGCACCUGCAGGAGGAGAGGAAGAAGAACGGCAGGAGAUAUCACCACGAGUGGCCUUAGUGUCAGUCAUGUUACGUUCCCCUGUACUACAUACAGUACCUCGUCUGCACACCUAUAGCAUAUACACUCAUAUAUACAGUACACUAACAUACUCUCUCUCACACACCCACACACACACACCAACACACACCAAAAUACACACACCAACAUACACACCAACAUACACGCACACACAACAUAAGCAGUCCCAUUCUCCCUUCUGCACACCAAAGAAGCCCUCUUCGGUUACCAGAGGCCCUUCUACCAUCCUUCUCUGUCCCCAUCCUCUGUCCCCUGUCCCCAUCCUCUGUCCCUGUCCCCUAUCCCUGUCCUCUGUCCCUGUCCCUAACCCCAUCC